AUGUCUGACCUCUUCACUACCAUCACUACCCCUCACGUCAAAUACGAGCAGCCUUUGGGCCUGUUCAUUGACAACGAAUUCGUCAAGGGUUCCGAGGGCAAGACCAUCGAGACCAUCAACCCCACCGACGAGAAGGUCAUCACCGCCGUCCACGAGGCUACUGAGAAGGAUGUCGACCUUGCUGUCGCUGCCGCUCGCCGGGCCUUCGAGGGCUCCUGGCGCAAGGUUACCCCCACUGAGCGUGGCCGCUUGCUCAACAAGCUUGCCGACCUCAUCGAGCGUGACCUUGAGACCCUGAUCGCCAUUGAGGCCCUCGACAACGGAAAGUCCCUCGUCAUGGCCAGAGGUGACUUGGCUGGCGCUCUCGGCUGCUUGCGCUACUACGCUGGCUGGGCUGACAAGAUCCACGGUCAGACCAUCGACACCAACCCCGAAACCCUCACCUACACCCGUCACGAGCCCAUUGGUGUCUGCGGUCAGAUCAUCCCCUGGAACUUCCCCCUCCUCAUGUGGUCGUGGAAGAUCGGCCCUGCCAUUGCUGCCGGUAACACCGUCAUCAUCAAGACUGCUGAGCAGACCCCUCUGUCCGGUCUCUACGCCGCCAAGCUCAUCAAGGAAGCUGGCUUCCCUCCUGGUGUGAUUAACGUCAUCUCUGGUCUGGGUCGUGUUGCUGGUGCCGCUAUCUCCAGCCACAUGGACAUCGACAAGGUUGCCUUCACUGGUUCCACCGUCGUUGGCCGCAUGAUCCUCCAGGCUGCUGCCAAGAGCAACCUGAAGAAGGUCACCCUCGAGUUGGGCGGCAAGUCUCCCAACAUUGUCUUCAACGAUGCCGACAUUGACAACGCCAUCUCGUGGUCCAACUUCGGUAUCUUCUACAACCACGGCCAGUGCUGCUGCGCCGGUUCGCGUAUCCUGGUCCAGGAGGACAUCCACGACAAGUUCGUCGCCCGCUUCAAGGAACGUGCUGCUCUCAACAAGCUGGGCAACCCCUUCGAGGCCGACACCUUCCAGGGUCCCCAGGUUUCCAAGCUGCAAUUCGACCGCAUCAUGGAGUACAUUAACCACGGCAAGCAGAGCGGUGCCACCGUUGCUGCCGGUGGUGAGCGCCACGGCGACGAGGGCUACUUCAUCCAGCCCACUAUCUUCACUGAUGUCACCAACGACAUGAAGAUUGCCCAGGAGGAGAUCUUCGGCCCUGUCGUCACUGUCAUCAAGUUCAAGGAUGAGGCCGAGGCCAUCAAGAUUGGCAACGACACCAACUACGGUCUCGCUGCUGCCGUUCACACCAAAAACGUCAACACUGCCAUCCGUGUGUCCAACGCUCUGCGUGCUGGUACCGUCUGGAUCAACAACUACAACAUGAUCUCCUACCAGGCUCCCUUCGGUGGCUUCAAGGAGUCCGGUAUUGGCCGUGAGCUCGGCUCGUACGCCCUCGAGAACUACACCCAGAUCAAGACCGUCCACUACCGCCUGGGUGACGCUCUCUUUGGUUAA